AUGGCUCUCGCAAGACCUCUUCGACUGUUACUAGCCUCCUGUUUCAUCCUCUCUCUUUUCCUCAUCUUCCAUGUCUCGAAAUCGCCCACUGUGUUGACAGCAGGAAAGGGACAUUACGACAAUGGUCUUAAGAGGGACCCACUGCUAGAUCCUACAGGAGAGCCGCCCGAACCCCUUUGGAGGGCAAAAGAUGAUGCCUACGCGCCGGACAACCCGAACUCCGCUCGCAUCAACGCAACACUCCUGGUCCUAGUCCGAAAUGAAGAACUGGACGAGUUGAUCAUGACGAUGAAAGACUUGGAAAGAACUUGGAAUAGCAAGUUUAAUUAUCCAUGGACAUUUUUUAACGAUAAGGAAUUUACAGAGGAGUUCAAGAUUCGAACCCAAGCCGAGACAAAAGCAAAAUGCAGUUACGAAUUGAUUCCAAAGGAGCACUGGGAUGUUCCUGGCUUCAUAAAUAUGGACCUGUACGAAGAGUCCUCUAAAAUACUCGAGGAGAAGGGUGUCCAAUACGGCAGCAUGAUGUCAUAUCAUCAGAUGUGCCGCUGGAACAGCGGCAUGUUCUAUAAACACCCUGCUUUAGAGAAUGUACAAUACUAUUGGCGGGUCGAGCCAAAGGUCCAUUUCUUCUGCGACGUCGAUUACGACGUUUUCCGAUACAUGCAAGAUCACAACAAAACCUAUGGCUUCACCAUCAAUCUCUACGAUGCGCCGCAAAGUAUACCUACUCUGUGGCCACAGACGCUCAAGUUCCUCGAGGCACAUCCCCAAUACCUGCACAAAAAUAACGCACUGGAUUGGCUGGUGGACAAUAAACAGAGGCCACAGCAUAACAAGAACGCAAAUGGCUACUCUACCUGUCAUUUCUGGUCCAACUUCGAGAUCGCGGAUAUGUCAUUUUUCCGAAGUAAGGCUUAUGAAGACUACUUCAACUACUUAGACCUUGCUGGAGGCUUCUUCUACGAAAGAUGGGGGGAUGCACCAGUUCAUUCUAUUGGCCUAGGCUUAUUCGAGGACAAGAGUAAAAUCCAUUGGUUCCGCGACAUUGGCUACCAACACGUGCCAUAUUUCAACUGUCCCAACUCUCCAAAAUGCAAAGGCUGCACCGCAGGCAAAUUUUAUGCCGGGGAUUCAUCUCUCCAGUUGGAAGACUGUCGAGCAAAUUGGUUCAAAUAUGUUGGAAUGGAUUGA